AUGGCAGCUCAUAUCAACCCAAGGCCACUCUUCCUCUCCCUCUCUUUCCUCCUAUUCCUCCAUCUCGCCCGGCCCGACGACCUCGCCCCAUCCCCUUCCUCGGGCCCUGAGUCCUCUUUAGGCUCGGUCCCCGUCCCAUCUCCAUCAGUUGGAUCCGGGCCUAGCCCAUUGCCAUCUACUACUGCCCAUUCUCCAUCCCACUCCCCAGAUCCAGAUGCAGAUGCAGGUGCAGACAUAGACGAGCCUGUGGUAUCCAACGGGCCUGGCCCAUCACCAUCUAACGCCCCCUCCCCCAAUGCAGAUGCUGAUGUGGAUGGGCCCACGUCAUCCGAUGGCCCAACCCAAUUCGAUUUCUCAGUUGCCCCAAUCACAGCCUCCGAAGUAAGUCCCAAGGUGAAAGACAUAUGCGACUCGACUGACCACCCGGAACUCUGCCUGGCCACCGUGGUCCCAUGCCUGCACGGGGGCGACUAUGAUGUUCCCACUGUAGUAGAAGUUUCGAUACGGGCCGGGCUUGCCCUGGCGAGGAUUGGGCUUUCCCUGUCGAAGAAUGCCCCAGGAAGCCCGCACGAGAUGGGCUCGGUGCUCAGGGACUGUAGGGACAGUUAUGAUGACGCGGUUUACAAUUUCGAGAGCGCGAUUGAUGCUUUCCCAAGAAGGGACACGGGCACUAUGAAAAGCAUGCUCAGUGCCGUUAUAACCAAUGUCGGGGAUUGUAAUGACGGGCUGGCACCGUUCAGAGACGAGUCCCCGUUCACUAGCGUGGCUGAGAAGCUGACAAAUAUGACGAGCAACUGCCUGGCUAUUGUUUCACUCUUGGAUUGA